UUUGCCGGAUGACGUGUUAGCCAUCUUGACAACUCGAAAAGUUAUAAACGUCCCAAAAAAUGUAUUUAGUCCUUCAACGACUAUUUUGUCUUCUGGCAACUCUGGUAGUGAUGUCCGAGGGCUUCUAUUUACCAGGCCUGGCACCUGUAGUUUAUUGUGAUAAGACUCUCCAAGACCAUAAAAAUUGCAAGACUGAUUUGAAAAUUUUUGUGAAUCGUCUCAACAGUGUUGAAACAGUAGUACCAUAUGAAUAUCAUAAGUUUGACUUCUGUGUUGUUGAUGAGGAUAACUCUCCAACAGAAAAUUUGGGUCAGGUUGUUUUUGGAGAAAGAAUAAGACCAUCUCCUUACAAGAUGACAUUUAAACAGGAAAUAAAAUGUCAAAGUGUGUGCAAGAAGGAGUAUGCUCAUGGUGACAAGGAAAAAGUUAGCAAAUUAAAAUUCCUCAAGAAUGGAAUUGCUUUGAACUAUAAUCAUCACUGGAUAAUAGACAACAUGCCUAUUACAUGGUGUUAUGAUGUAGAAAAUGGACAGAAAUAUUGCUCUACAGGGUUUCCCAUUGGCUGUUUAGUUGACAAAGAUGGUAAACAAAAGGAUGCAUGUGUUAUAAGUAAUAAAUACAGUGAAAAGAAUACAUACUAUGUGUUCAACCAUGUAGAUGUAACUAUCACUUUCCAUAGUGGUGAAAACACUGACUGGGGACAAGAAUUUGGAUGGGAUGGUGGUAGAAUUGUAGCUGCAAAAUUAGAACCUAGAAGUAUAAAACACAGUAGGCCAGGUGAUUGUAGUCCAGGAUUACCUGCUCUGGGUAUUGGUGCUGAUACCACUGACAUAGCAUUCAACUAUACUUACAGUGUCACAUGGGAGACAAACGAAAACAUCAAAUGGUCAUCUAGAUGGGAUUAUAUUUUGAAAUCAAUGCCAAACACAAACAUUCAAUGGUUUAGUAUAAUGAAUUCCUUGGUGAUAGUGUUGUUCCUGUCUGGUAUGGUAGCCAUGAUUAUGUUGAGAACACUUCACAAAGAUAUUGCUAGAUAUAACCAGAUGGAUAACUCGGAGGACGCCCAAGAAGAGUUUGGUUGGAAGUUAGUCCAUGGAGAUGUGUUCCGUCCACCAAGGAAGGGUAUGAUGCUUGCAGUCCUAAAUGGAAAUGGAGUACAGAUAUUCUGCAUGACUUUGAUUACUUUAGUAUUUGCCUGUCUUGGAUUUCUUUCUCCAGCCAAUAGAGGAGCAUUGAUGACUUGUUCAUUGGUAUUGUAUGUAUGUCUUGGAACCCCUGCUGGAUAUGUCUCAGCUAGACUAUAUAAGAUGUUUGGAGGUGAAAAAUGGAAAUCUAAUGUUAUACUGACAGCAUUCUCAUGUUCUGGUAUUGUGUUUGGGGUGUUUUUCUUGUUGAACUUGGUACUCUGGGCCAAAGGAAGCAGUGCAGCAAUACCAUUUAGUACACUGAUAGCUUUGUUAGCUUUAUGGUUUGGUAUUUCUGUACCUCUGGUAUUUAUUGGUGCAUACUUUGGAUACAAGAAGAGGGCAAUAGAACAUCCUGUGAGAACAAACCAGAUACCAAGACAAAUCCCAGAUCAAUCUAUGUACACCAGACCUAUUCCAGGCAUUAUAAUGGGAGGUGUACUACCAUUUGGAUGCAUCUUCAUUCAACUUUUCUUCAUUUUAAAUAGCAUUUGGUCCCAUCAGACUUACUACAUGUUUGGAUUUUUAUUCCUUGUAUUCACUAUACUCAUUAUAACCUGUUCAGAAGCUACCAUUUUACUCUGCUAUUUCCAUCUUUGUGCAGAGGACUACCAUUGGUGGUGGAGAUCGUUCCUGACCAGUGGAUUUACAGCAGUCUAUCUAUUUAUAUAUUGUAUACAUUAUUUGGUGUCUAAGCUGGAAAUCCAUGGAUCUGCAAGUUAUUUCCUGUAUUUGGGAUAUACAUUUAUUAUGGUCUUUUUGUUUUUCUUAUUAACAGGUUCCAUUGGUUUCUUCUCAUGUUUCUGGUUUGUAACAAAGAUAUACAGCGUUGUGAAAGUGGAUUAAAAUGAACAUUAUAUUUACCAGAGGGACUACUUGUACUGAUAAAUUAAUGUAAAGUUAGGGGGAAACAACCUAUUUUAAGUUGUUUGAUAUCAUGGGUCAGAAUUUGUUAUUUAAAAUAAUGAUAAAAUUACUACAACAUGCCAUGUAGGAAACUUGUUUUAUUUAUGCUUUGUGUUGGUUAAUAGGGGAUCAUUGUCUACAUUUUUUUCCAAGGUUGAGACUUUGAAAGAUAAAGUAAGACAAUUUUAUGUUUUCAGUUGUACCACCAUUGUGUCUACCAUCUUUAUUCACACAAUAAGAACUAAGCAUAAAUGAACUAUUUAUAUAACUGUUAUCCUUUGUAUGUAGAAAAGCUGUAACCAGUUUUCUUGUUAUGAGUUAACAGACAGCAAAAUGUUAAAAAAUAAAUGUGUAGUAUGAGUGUCAGCUAAUCUCACAUUAUAACUGUAGAUAAUGUUAAUCUGUUUUCAUACUCUUUGAUUGUUAUAAGUCAAGAAAAUUAUGUCAGUUAAUGGAAUUCUAUUCAUUUCACAUGUUUCAAAUCAAAUCAUGAAUAUUUACAAGUUUAAUAACUUAUUAUACCCCACACAACGAGUUGCGGAGGGUAUAAUGUUUUUGACCCGUCCGUCAGUCCUGUUUCUUGUCAUCGCAACUCCUCUCAAACCACACAACAGAAUUUCACGAAACCUUUGUAGAUAAUAAGGACAUACUAUGUAGUUGUGCAUAUCGACAGGAAAUUACUAUUCAAUUCUUUUUCCGGGAGUUACGCCCCUUUGAACUUAUUUACUUUAAUGUACUACUGCAACAGUUUGUCAUCGCAACUCCUCUCAAACCACACAACAGAAUUUCAUGAAACCUUUUCAGAUAAUAAGGACAUACUACGUAGAUGUGCAUAUCGACAGGAAAUUACGAUUCAAUUUUUUUUCCGGGAGUUACGCCCCUUUGAACUUAUUUACUUUAAUGUACUACUGCAACAGUUUGUCAUCGCAACUCCUCUCAAACCACACAACAGAAUUUCAUGAAACCUUUUCAGAUAAUAAGGACAUACUACGUAGAUGUGCAUAUCGACAGGAAAUUACGAUUCAAUUUUUUUUCCAGGAGUUACGCCCCUUUGAACUUAUUUGCCCAAUAUAUUACUGCAACCUUUUGUCAUCGCAACUCCUCUCAAACCACACAACAGAAUUUCAUGAUAUCUUUUCAGAUAAUAAGGACAUACUACGUAGAUGUGCAUAUCGACAGGAAAUUAAGAUUCAAUUUUUUUUCCAGGAGUUACGCCCCUUUGAACUUAUUUGCCCAAUAUACUGCUGCAACCUUUUGUCAUCCCAACUCCUAUCAAACCACUCAACAGAACUACAUGAAACCUUUUCAGAUAAUAAGGACAUACUACGUAGAUGUGCAUAUCGACAGGAAAUUACGAUUCAAUUUCUUUUCCAGGAGUUACGCCCCUUUGAACUUAUUUGCCCAAUAUAUUACUGCAACCUUUUGUCAUCACAACUCCUCUCAAACCACACAACAGAAUUUCAUGAAACUGUGUAGAUUAUAAGGACAUACUAUGUAGAUGUGCAUAUUGACAGGAAAUUAUGAUUCAAUUUUUUUUUCUGAUACAAUUUUUUUUUCUUACACUUAUUUUAUUUCUCCAAUGACAAUGUGGGGACGUGGGGUAUGUGAGCGCGCUCACUAAGGUUCUUUAAUUUGGUUAAUAGUUAAUUUGCAGUUAGAUACUAAAAAAAAGAUAGAUUGAAAUCAUGUACUGAAUUUGGUAUGGGGUAUUCCUGGAAAAAAUAAAUGGGAGGGUUGGACACCACAUGACAUUUUUGUCUGUGGGUAAUAGGGGUGGAAACAAAUACAAUUCUGUUACAAAUGAAAAUUAUGGGUGAUAUUGUAUAAAGGUAUAGUUAUCUGACAUCAUUUUCUUGCUCUUUUUAUAUGUUUAUUUUUUUAUAUGAGGUUUCAUACAUAUUUAUGAUUUUGUUAGUAUAGUUGUCAAUUCUUUGUUAGCGUGUAUUUGUUGUAGCAUUGUUUUUAUUUGUCAAGAGGUCCCUUUUUUUUCUUGAAUAUUCCUGUUUUGGCAUAAAUUUGCAGUGGAAACUAUAAUUAAUGAAUUGGUUCCAUUAUAUAAUAAAAUGUAAAAGUUGUUCAUAAAAACACUGAUGAUUUAAAAAGAGUGUAACGGACUAGAUAUUUGGUUUCUGUAACAGUGUAUAGCUUUAUAUAUGGAAUAUAGUCUGACAGUUAAAAAAAAUAAAUAUUUUUAUGAUUCCCUUGAUGUCUAAAAGAUCUACAAGUGUUGAUUAUUUUAGCUGAGUAUGCAUUAGUAGUUGUAUACAAAAUAUUCCAGACCAAGAUAUAUUCUUUUUCACUUUGUGUGUUGUAAAUUACUAACAGUUGAUAGUUGACUCUAGGAUAAUUGGUUUAAUGUGGUAUUUAUUAACUCUUUAUGUAUAUGAUCUUGUGCCUUUCAUUGAACAAAUGUCAUAGAAAACCAUGUGUGAAAAAGUUCUAUUGUAAACCUUUCAUCAGAUUUUUAUAUCUGAUUUUCACAAUUAGGCAUACUGUAUGAUAUGCUUUGUUAGAAGAAAACGUGGCAAAUAUUGAAAAUGUAUUCAAUUUAUAAUAUAUGUUAUGCUGAUAUUAUGCAUUGAUGGAUGACAAGUGCAAAAGUAAUAUUAAUAUUUCUGAGUGGAAAAACAAGUGUAAAAAUUUAAACAAUUUAUUUAACGUCUAAAACAGUUGGCUUUGAUCACUGAUAUAUGCAAUGGUGUAAAUACUCAUUAUAUAUAAGCACAUUUUAAGAUAUCCAUUUAAUGUAUAGAAAGUAGAUUUUAGUGAAAGAUACAAAAAAAAAUAGAAACAAGACUAAUUCUUUGAAGAAAAACUGGUAUUUAGUAUUUUAAGACUUUUUAAGUAAUUUUCAAAUUAAGCUGUUGGUGUCUUCUUUGAUUAUUUGUAAAAUGAACAUUCCUGUUGAAUUAAGAAUGUAUUGUUAGAUAAGAAAACUCACUCAGUUGAUUUGGUUAUCCCAUGGCUUCCUUUAUUCACCAGAAAAAAAUCCUGUGUGAUUCUGAUCUGAGCUCGGCUUAGAUUUUUUCCUGAUGUAGUAAAAAAUAAGAUGUCUUGUCAUCUGAAGAUUGUAUUUUAUGCAAGAUUAAAUCAUUUAAGAGUUUUUAGUGAGUCUUGAAUCAUCUUAAACAAUUUUUUUUCAAUUAGUCGAAGACGGAUUUUGAAUACAAUUAGAAAAGAUUUUUCACUUUCAUAAUGAGUCAGGAACCUCUGGUGAGAAGGGCUGUAGAGACGCAAAGUGGUACAAUUUUUUUCUAGAAUUAACUAUAAUUAUUUAGAAAAUAUUGUUUUUUUAUUCUAUGUACUCUUAAUAAUCUGUUGUUUAAUAAGUUGCCCAGUUUUACACAAUUUUCUGUUCACAAAGAAAUCUAUAACAAUAUAUGUAUAUAGUGGGUACAUUUUUAUGUGAUAUUUAUGACUGUUGGUGUUCUCAUGAAGAAUAAUGCUUAAAUUAAAUAAAAUUAUAUAAAUA